AUGAAAGAAGGUGAUGGAACAUCCGACCAUGCUUUUUGGAAUGCAGAGGUUCGCGAACACUUCACGAGAGGACUGUUGGAUUACCAGCCUACGGCAUCUGUCGAAGGGCAUGUGAUCGUUGCUGAGGGCACGAAUCUGCUGCUACCGUCGCUGUUUUCGCUUUCUGCCAUCACAGUCGCCCGCCGCCAGCGGCAUGCAACCUUUGCACUUUGUCGGUCUUAUUCUUCUUUGAUCAGUGAACAGGCGUCUCAGAUGUCAUUCCGGAAGGAAGGCGAGGAGCCGCUCAAGGCUAUAGUCUUCGCAGACGGCUGCGGUACAAUCCACGACCAGUCCCUCGCGCCUACAGACAAGUUGCUUAACAUUCCUAUUUUAUCCUGGCAACUUUCAACUUUAGCGCGCUAUGGCGUCAAAGAAGCUAUCGUUCUCUCAUCGACACCAAUCAAAUCUCUUUUCGAGGACCCCCUUGGUCGCAUGAAGGUUACUCCGGUUUCAUCUCCAGCCUGGAAUGGAGAGGGCGAUGCCAUUCGCGAAGUAGAAAGUCGCGACGGAAUGCGACCAGUUGAUGAUUUUGUGCUUGUUCAACAAGGCACCGUUUUCAACGUGGAUGUUGCGAAGCUGGCCGCCGAGCACAAGCGUAGGAAGGAUUUGGAUCGCAACUGGCUCAUCACUACGGCUUUUCGAAAAGGGGCCUUCUCAGCUUCGUCCGGUUUAGUAAUAGCCCUCGAUACUACAACCGGCACUUUGCUGAAAUAUGUCGAGGGUAUGGACCGAAAUGGUAUUCUUCUAGAUGUCUACGCAGAAAAUUCUGGUUUGCAAAGAGGCGGGGCAGUGGAGAUCUGUUCCGAUGUAAUGGAUGUUGGACUUGACGUUUGCUCUCCAGACUUUCUUCUCGAAUUCAGAGAAAAUUUUUACUAUGAGAAAGUCAGGGCCUAUAUCAAAGAGAAACUCGAGGGCGGUGAGGCGGAAGUAUUCGGAAACCGUAUGUACACAUACUUUUUGAAUUCAAGUUGUGGUGAAUAUGCUACUCGGAUUCACUCUCUGGCUUCAUUCAUGCAAGCUACUACGGACGCUUUGAAUGGAUGGCUGGCCCCGAUUAGUACAUUUAAUGUGCAAGGUAAGUCAAGAGAAGAUAAAUUGCACGAAUACCAGGGUCACUUUGAGGUCGAAAAGUCUGUCAUUGGGAACGAUGCUGCUAUAUCAUAUGGAAGCACAAUACUCCAAAGCGUUAUUGGGAACAACGUUACAAUUGGGACUGAUGUGACUGUGAGUCGUAGCAUUUUGAUGGAUAACGUUACAAUAGGGGAUCGCUGUGAUAUCCAUGGAAGCAUACUGAACGCUUCAUGCGCAGUAGAGGAAAGCACCUUCAUUCCGAAAAACUGUUUGUUGGAUACAGGGGUAUGUAUAGGGCCCAACUUUCACGACAUGUGUUCUCAUUCCCUCAUAACUUUAAAGGAUCAACAGGAGUUCAGUAGCGGUGAUGAAGCUGAAGAUCAAGAAGACGAAGUUGAAGAAGGCAACGAUGGUGUCGCGGAUUCGAUUGGCAAGCCAAAUGGCACGGCGGAGGGUGAAGAAGUUACGAAUUGGAAGACUGAACACGUCGGUAGUGGAGGAAAGGGGCUUCUCAUCGAUUUAGAUGUGAGCAUGGAUUUAGAUCCGUAUUUUGUCCCGAAUGUCCGUACGAUGAACUUUGAGAGUGAGGAAGAAGAUGAGCUAGAAGAGGAAGACGACAACGAAGGAGAAGACGACGAAUCCAAUGAUUCUGAACAAAACGUCGCGGUCGGAGACCAUGGUGAUCUUCACGAUUCCAGCGCUACUAAUAAUAGAGUUGUCGAUGGAGUGACGCAGGACCUUGCCGAUGUCAGCUUCAACGAUGCUCGUUCUGCGAAUAUUGACCUCCGCGUUGCAAAGUUUAAUGAGGAGGUAUCGGAAACAAUUGAGAGAGCGUAUGAAGAAGUAGUGGAAAUGGACCAUACAGUUCUGGAGAUCAACUCUCUGAAGCUUUCGUAUGAAACUUCUCUUGUGGAGACGCAGGCAGGUGUAGUUGCGGGCGUGGCUCGAUGGGCUUUGAAGUCAUGUGCACCGGACAACUUGUUCGCUGGAGUCACGUCUGGACUCAGAACAUACGCUCCUAUUAUCACAAACUUCAGCAAGGACGAUGAGACACAUCAUGUUGCUUUGACGGAAGGACUGGCCAAGGCACUAGGCGAGAAUGGAUUGCUGGUGAAGUAUGUUUUGAAGGCAAUGUAUGACGAAGAGUUACUAACAGAUGACGCCAUUCUUGAGUGGGCCGCACAAGAAGACAAACGAGUACAAGCAGGGCACGGGAAUGGUAGACUGCUCUCGACGCUUGCGGAUCUUUUGGUGUGGUUAGGAGACUAG